UCCCUUUGGCGCGCUUCCGGUUUUCGUUCAAACGUCUUUUGCUCCGUCAGUGUGAACACGAAGAGACAACACAAUCACACAAGAGCGAGAAAUAUAGCAACUAAACGCAUAUUUGUGCAUUUUUGCUUCGUAAAGUCGCGUGGUUUGACGAAGAGACGCAUAUAAAGGAGUUUUCUGGUAGGAAAAUAUCAGAUCUCCAGUCAUGGCAGAGUGUGAUGCUGAUUGGGAAUUGUGUAAAGAAAAUAUCCAGCCUUUGAGACAAGGCCGCUCUGUAUCGGCCCUGCACCAGGCUCUGUGUCAGCAGCAGGAGGGGAACCACACGGCCCUCAAUCAGAAGAAACAAGCGUUUGAGUCUGAGCUGCGCAUGUAUGAUGGAGACGAUCCUCUAGAUGUUUGGGUCAGGUACAUGAAAUGGACAAAGCAGACGUAUCCACAGGGUGGAAAGGAGAGUAAUUUAUCAGUGCUUCUUGAAAGAGCUGUUACGCGCUUCACAUCCGACAAGAAAUAUCACAAUGACGUUCGCUACGUUGAGCUCUGGAUCGAGUUUGCGGAGGGCUGUUCUGACCCGAUGGACGUCUACCGCUACAUGCAAGCUCAAGGCAUCGGAACCACGCAAGCCGCUCUUUACAUCGCCUGGUCUGAAGAGUACGAGAAGAGAGGAAAUAUAAAGAUGGCUGACAGUGUAUUUCAGGACGGCAUCAAGUGUGGAGCAGAACCUGUAGAGAAACUACAUGCGUUUCACAGGGCUUUGCAGGCACGAGCGUGCAGACAGAUGAUGUCAUCUAUGACAGAUCAACAGGGAGAUGAUGAAGAUGAUGAAGAUGAAGGACCCGCAGAUCCUCAGCGAGCCUCACUGGCUGAGCUCAAAGCCAAAGGGAAGAAAAAGGCUGUGGUUCCCAUCAACAGAGUGAACGCGUCGGUCGGAUAUGCUCGCGGGCUCCAGUUUAAACAGCCGCUGGGCCCCAAACAGAACAGUCGGCUGCUGAUUUUUGAUGAGAAUAAAGCUGAAACUGAGCCGCAGGAGCCCAAAUUUGAGAUCUGGACAGCGCCGCCUACUGCCAGAGCCAAAGAGAACGAACAGAAACCUGAGAAGUGGACCAACGUGAAGUUGCCUCUGAAGUCCAGAUCGGGCCUCAGCGUCGCUGUUCCACCUCCUAAACCCAGCUUCCAGCCGUUUGUGGAAGAGGACGACCAGCCUCCCGCUGUGACUCCGUGUAAAAUCAACCCGGCGGUGAACUCGGUGCUGUCGGCCCGGAAGCCCUGCAGGCCGGAGCAGACGCCGCUGAAGAUGCUGCAGGAGCGGAUGCAGCUCCAGACGCAGGAGGACGGGAGGAGCCGAGAGCAGAGCAUGUACUGCAGAGAGCUGCUCUACAGCGGAGCCAGCGAGUUCUGCUUCGAGGAGCUGCGGGCCGAGCGCUACCGACAGAAACACGCUCACAAACUACAGACCAGCAGCGGCGCUGCAGACCACGGAAAACCUGUGGAAACCAAUGCAAACUGAAUCGGACAGAACUGAGCGCUUUCUAUCUAGACAUCUAUCAGUCUUAGAUGUUUGAAAAAGUAGGCCAUUAUUUGUUGUAGAUGUCUUCGUGUAUAACCGUUCCUAUGCUUUUGUACAUACUUUUUAUUUUGUACAUACAUACUUUUUGUAACGCCACGUUGUUUUGGGAUUUUUAAUUUUUUUGUGUGUGUAUUGCAAGAGUAGCAUUUAUGAAUAGGCAUUAUUUUGUCAUUUGUUUGUAUGUGGUAAUUAAUGCUUCAAUAAAUGCAACUGGUU